GAGGGGAUUGUGUGUCCGACCCGCUUAAUACAGAACCGACCCAGAGCGGCAUGUACUCCAACAGAACCGGCAGACCCCGGAGAGUGAAGUCCUUCGACUCCAUGAACACAAGCUUCGAGGAAAACCAGAUCAACAAUGAGAUAAUAAAAUCGAAUUAUAUGAAGAUUGACGACAAUAAGGAAAACAAUGAGAACUUGCCCGAAAGAAGUCGGUCGUCCUUUGUGUUUUCAUUAAAAAAUGAAGUUGGCGGCCUCGUCAAAGCACUGAAACUUUUUCAGGAAAAGCAUGUAAAACUCAUCCACAUUGAGUCUCGGAAAUCGAAAAGGAGGAACUCGGAGUUCGAGAUCUUCGUGGACUGCGACAGCAACAGAGAACAGCUGAGCGAGAUCUUCCAGUUGUUGAAACCUCACGUCAACGUGAUAACGAUGAACCCACCCGAGAACUUCAGCGUUCCCGAGGAGGACAUGGAGUGCGUCCCGUGGUUCCCCAAGAAGAUCUCAGACCUGGACAGAUGCGCCAACAGAGUUUUGAUGUACGGCUCUGACCUGGACGCCGACCACCCUGGUUUCAAAGACAACGUCUAUCGGAAGAGACGAAAAUACUUUGCGGAUAUCGCUAUGAACUACAGACACGGUGACCCAAUCCCACGCAUCGAAUUUACCGAAGAAGAAGUGAAGACGUGGGGCACGGUGUUUCGAGAGCUCAAUAAGCUCUAUCCCACCCACGCCUGCCGGGAAUAUCUGAAGAACCUGCCUCUGCUGUCCAAGUACUGCGGCUACCGAGAAGACAAUAUUCCUCAGCUGGAAGACAUCUCCAAAUUCCUUAAAGAACGCACUGGAUUUACCAUUCGCCCGGUGGCUGGAUAUCUGUCUCCGAGAGAUUUCUUGGCAGGAUUAGCGUUCCGGGUUUUCCACUGCACCCAGUAUAUCCGACACAGCUCCGACCCGCUAUAUACUCCUGAACCGGACACUUGCCACGAGCUCCUGGGCCACGUACCCCUCCUAGCAGAACCCAGUUUCGCCCAGUUCUCGCAGGAAAUCGGAUUCGCAUCUCUGGGCGCGUCUGAUGAAGCCAUUCAGAAACUCGCCACGUGUUACUUUUUCACGGUUGAGUUUGGUCUGUGCAAACAAGAAGGAAAGCUCAAGGUGUACGGCGCGGGGCUGCUGUCCUCCAUAAGUGAGCUCAAGCAUUCAUUGUCCGGCCAGGCCAAAAUAAAGCCUUUCGAUCCCACCGUGACCUGCAGCCAGGAGUGCAUCAUCACCACCUUCCAAGAAGUCUACUUUGUCUCGGAAAGUUUCGAGGAGGCUAAAGAGAAGAUGAGGGAAUUUGCAAAAACCAUCAAGCGGCCCUUUGGACUGAAGUACAACCCGUAUGCGCAAAGCGUGCAGAUCCUCAAGGACACCAGGAGCAUCACGGCCGUCGUGGACGAGCUACGGCAUGAGCUGGACAUCGUCAGUGACGCCCUGAGUAAAAUGAGCAGGCAGCUCGGGGUUUAGGA